AAGCAUGUACAUACUUGUCAUAUAAAAAAAUGGUAACUGUCACAUUACAUUGAAAAUAACCGUAACAUAUGCAGAACACGUAUGUACUGCGCAAGGUGCACAGUCCGACUUCAAUACGACCAUUACGACCCCUGCAUUUGGUUCACACUUUACUCGAAGUUUAUACAGCCGUCCGAACAUUAAUUUACUACUCGAAGUCGUAAAUUCAAGAGAGACUCGCGAAGUUUAAUAUCUAAAUUAUUUUCGACGUUGCGUUCGAAACCACCAAUGCUAAGAUGAUUAAUCUUUUAUUCUUCUAACAAUCUGGACAAGCAUUGAAUUAUCUUACAAGCCACACGAUAGAAAUAACGCAAAUGAAUUCUCAGUGCAAAUAAAGUUACUUUAGGCUUUUCAACAGUGAUGUCAUAGUAAGCAAUAAUAUCAUUAUCAAAUACUUAAUUUUACUUGACAAAUCAAAUAAAUUUAAUUAUAUUGAUCACGUAAAAGGAAUGAACCUUUUUAAUAUAAAGUACAUAAUACUUACAUGAUAGAUAUUUCGUUAUUUAUUAUCUUAAAGGAAUGAUUAAUUCAACACCAUUGUUUGUGUAUUAAAAGUUAUAUCGAUCAUUGUUGUUUUCCUCAAUUGUGUACUAAGGAAAGAUAAAUAUUAAUACAUAAUUUAUGUAUUUUAUGUAUUUCAUCAAAUACAUUGCGAUAUAAAAUCAUAAACUUACCUAAAAAAACGUUAAUUUUGUGAUCUUGAUAAUGAGUGCUGACAAUCAAUUAUCAAUGACUAACUCAAUAAACAUUGACCAAUUGGAAUAUAGUUUGGUCUCAACUGCAAUUAACCAAGAUGUAGCAAAUGAAAAUCAUUUGCAAACUUUAGGAUUAGUUGUUAGUGAUGGCUUACCUAAAUUUAGAUUGAAUGAACCUGGUCCAUCAGCUCUUGCAAGUAGCAUUUUCCAACAAAAUAAUAUGGUGAUCGAUGAAAAUGAACAGUCAUUUGUAGUAUUAAGUAAACCAUCAUUAGAAUCAAUUAGAAAUACUUCAUGGGCUAACUAUAUAGAAUUACAAGAAAAAUGUGCAUCUGCCGAUCUUACAGGUUUAAUAUCAUUCAUGAGUCCAUCUGAAAUUGAAGAGAAUUUUAAGAAAGUGUUAGAAGAAAAUAUGAAAUUAAAAGAGACUCUAAAGCAGAACAAUACUACUAUGAAAGAACAAUUUAAUACUAUCACUACAUGGCAAAAAGAAGUGAUGACAGUUUGUGAUACUCACAAACAAAAAUUUAUAGAAACUAAAGAAUUAAUGAAUCGAUUGAAAAAACAAAAUGAUGAGCUACAAGAACAAAUUGCAAAAAAUCAGUCUUCAGAGACAUCUGAAGUCAACAACAUAGCUAAUAUUUCUAUUGAAAAUGCUGAUUCAUAUUCAUUAUUAAAAAAAUCAAAUUAUGUCAGUAUAGAAAAUAUUCCAAUACUUUCUAAUUUAAAUACAUGGCUUGCUAAAAAUCGUUUCAAGCAAAAUAAUGAAGAACCAUCAGAAGAUGAGGUAGACCUUGAAAUAAAAAUGAAUAUUAUGUCAGAAGAACUACUGCAACUAAAGCUAAAACAGUCAGAAAUGCAAAAAAUUAUGGAAGAUGUAAGCAGGCAGUAUCAGACAGAUAUUGCAUUAUUAACUCAACAGUUAGAUAAAGCUAAUAAAGAGCUGCAGGCUAAUAAACAAAAAUCUGAUGAAAUAAGUUCAUCUGAAUUGCAAAUACUUGUGAACGAAUGUUAUGAAAAAUAUAUGGAGUUGAAAUAUUUGAAUGAAAUUAUUACAUCAUUGAAGAAACAGUUAAAUAACUAUGAAGAAGAUAUUUUUUUACCUGUUAGCAUAACUUUAGAAUUGCAUGAUACUUCUGAAGAAAAACAAGUAUUGCAAGAAAAUAUUGAUUUUUACAACCUAAAGUUGUCAGAGCUGAGGAAAUAUUUUUCUUCUCAAUCAUUACAAUAUCUUCGUAUACAACAAAUUUUAAAAGAGUCUGUUGAUAUUAUUGAAUUAUUUGAAAAUUCAAAUGAUACCUUCAACAAAGAUGUGAGUGAAGAAAAAAUCAAAGAAUUAAAAAAAAAAUUACGUAAUUAUCGAAAAAACUUAAUUGAUGAGCAACUACACAGUAUUAAUGAUAAACAAAUAACUAUUAAAAUUCAAAAACAAUUUCAAAAAAUAUUAUUUGAUUACAAUUCGGUUCUAUGUGAACUAGAACUUGUGAAAAAUGAGAAUCUUAAACUGAAGACAAUGCAGGAUAAAGCAACUGAAGAAAAUUCACAAAAGUUAAUAGAAAUUGAAAAAUAUUUGACAGAGGAGAAGAAAGGUUUGGAUAAUGAAAGAGCUAAUUUAUUAGAAGAACAAUCAAAUCUUCAUGCAGAAAAAAAACUUAUUAUUGAAGAUAAAGAAAAAAUUGAAAUGGAACGUAAAUCUUUGAUAUUAGAAAAAGAAAGAUUUGCAGAAGAAAGAAUUAGUCUGCAUGAAGAAAGAACUUCACUAGAUCAACAAAGUCGACUGUAUGAAGCAGAAAAAAGUUCUAUGCAAAAGGAAAAAAUAUAUUUUCAGAAAAAUCUAGAACGUUUAAAAAAACGUAUUAAAAAUUUAACUGACGAUUUAGGUAAUGUUAGUGAUACUCUUAAUUUAAUGCAAAGUGAAAACCGCAAAUUAAAGGAUAAUGAAGAAUUACUUUCUGCUUAUAGAAUUCAAACCGAAAUGCGCGAAAGGCAAUUCGAAGAAAUGCGCUUAACGCAAAAAAAUCUGCAAGACCAACUGCAGGCACUUUCACUGGUAAACCUUCGUAGAGAAUAUGAAGGUUUUUAAUUAAUAGUAAAAUUAACAAACACUUGGAUAUGUAAAAAUCAAUUGUACAUCUAUUACACAGAUUCAUAAAGUUAACGAUAUCGAUAUACUUUUGCCGGAGAAACUAUCCCUAUGUAUUUGUUCGACGUUGAAUUCAAAUCCGAAAUAAAAUUAGCGGACCACCAAGGUAUUUGGUAAGAAAAACGCUAAAUUAUGUUUUUUGUAUUUAUAUGGGAUUUUAAACUUUAUGCAAAGUAAUCGAUUACAAUCGACUUCAACGGACUGUUGAAAAAGAUUUGUGUCAUUCGUUAUAAAAUAUAUUUAGAAUACAUAAUAUGAAAAUUUAUUUAUUACAAUUUAGUUUUUGUUAUUUAACCGAAUUUAGUGUAGGCUGAAAUAGUAAAUUUUAUAUUAUAAUCUAUUUUAUUUUCCUUCGAAAUAUUACUAAUCUCAUAUACAAACAAUGGUUAAGGAAAAUCCCUCAUGUAAUUAAAACAACACUCUUGAAAUUUCAACGUUUCGCCAUAAAUUCAUGGCCUCUUCAGGAAAACUUAAUUAAAAAAAUUAUGAACAAUUAAAAACUUUUUUUUUAAACAAAUCGACAUGAUCAUAACACUACAGUACACAUCCAACAAUAAUAAUAAAAUCAUUCGUACUCACAACUGAAGCUUCUCAAUAAACAAUACUGUCGGAUUAUAAAUGUUGUAAAAGAGAUGCGCUCUUGUCAUUGAAUUUUAUUUGUGUGAUUCGAAUUGUUCGGGCAUCUCCGUUUCGUGCUUGACUCUGAUUGGUUGUUUAAUUGCUUACUAUAUUGACAUUUCUAGUAUAUAGACAGUUGUACCACUUUGAAAUUCACAGUUCAUUUUAUAUCUCUGACUUUUCGGUUUGUUUCUGAAUUGUAAAAAUAUUUUAUUAAUUAACAUUACUAUGACUUAGGUUUUCUAUAGUUGUGAGUACGAAUGAUUUUAUUAUUAUUGUUGGAUGUGUACUGUAGUGUUAUGAUCAUGUCGAUUUGUUUAAAAAAAAAAAAAAAAAAAGUUUUUAAUUGUUCAUAAUUUUUUUAAUAAAGUUUUCCUGAAGAGGCCAUGAAUUUAUGGCGAAACGUUGAAAUUUCAAGAGUGUUGUUUUAAUUACAUGAGGGAUUUUCCUUAACCAUUGUUUGUAUAUGAGAUUAGUAAAUUUUAUAUUUCCUAUUUCAGGUGCGUCAAAGGUUUUUUUGAUGAAACGCGAAGUUAACAGCACUAGUUGGAGGCGAGUGUUGUAACGAGUUUUUGGACACUCCGUGCGGAAAGUGCGUUUUUCCCGCACGCUCGGCAAAAAACGUACGUUGAAAAUCGCACUUUCCACACGCCGUAUAAAAAAAUACGGUACGGUACAUGUUCGGGAAAGAGUUUCUCGUCUCGUGUACCAUUGCACCCUCGCUUUACUCGGGCGUAAACGCUACACGAGACUAGAAUCUACUUUCCCGCACUUGUAUCGUAAUGUACUAUUAUCAAAAAGCUUUCAAUUAACGCAGUUUUUAGUCGUAUAAGAGCCGUAAUAAGCAUCAAAGGUGCAAUUUGGAAAUUAAAAUUUGAAAAAGCAUAUUUUAGUUGUUUUUGUUGAUAAAUAGGAACAAAAAUGCGUCUCAAUGUAUUUUGAUCCAUAUGAUUCAAAUAAAAGAUCAUUUUUCAAUUUCUAUAUAUUUCCAGAAACCAUUAUAUCACCAUAAAGAAUUGUAUUUUUUUCAUUUACUGUAAUAUAGUCAAAUGGCUCCCUAGACUAAUAUCGUCAAAAAACAUGUCACUUUUUUCUGUAGGUCAGAGUAAUAGUUUACCAUUGAUUUUAGCACUUCUAAGGUUAGAAAGAAAGAUAUCAUAAACUUAAGUACAGAAAAGAACACAAGUAUUUUAAUGAAGCGUAUAAUCAAUAUGAAAGCUCAAGGCAUGGUAUCGAAUUAAAUACUUUGUAGAAUUCGUAAUAUAUAUUAAAGUAUACACAAAUUAUAUACACUUAUAUGUUUCAUACGUUCAUACUUUCAACUACUACACUGAGAGAAAUAAGGUAGUAACAUCUACAUUUGUAGUAAAAUUUACGAUAAACUGUAAUACAGUUUAGAUGUAUCAAAUUGCAGAAAAAAUUACUAUGUUGUACACAAUAAAUUUUAAUAGUAUCUCCAACAAAUUUUUUGUGUAGUAUAAAUAAUAUUUACUAUUCAUUUAAUAGUAUUGCUGCAAUAUAUAAAUUUGUACUCUUAAUAUAGUAAAAUUUGUUAAAGAAACCUUUUAUAUUUUACUUUGUAACAUAGUAAUAUUUGUAACGGACUGUUUAUAUUUUAUGAGUAGUAUAAUCAAUUUUACUAAUCAGAAAGAGUAAACAAAUAAACAUUACUUUUGACAACUAUUAAUUGUAGUUAUUAGAUAUUAUAUUUUCGAAAUCUUACUUGUACUGUAUUAUAGUAUAUUUCAAUUAAUUUUGUUAUACUUAAAUUUAAUCUCGAUAGUAAACUCACCUAACC